AUGGCACCUACGGGACUUACCCCAGAGCUAUCUCGGCUCUUCCAAAGCAUCGAAACCCGCUUCAGAGACACCCAGCUAGGCGACCAGCGCUGGUAUCUCCUCGUCAUCGCCUGUCUCUCCGCCAGUCCCGACCCCGAAGCCGCAGCAGCUCUCUACCAAUACCUCACCCGCCAAGAAGCCUACCAGACCAGCGAAUCACGCCAGGCUCUCAUACGACGCCUCCGCGAAGCCCUCGUCAAGACCAUCAUCCUCGUCGGCGUGUGCAAGCCCCUCGAAGCCAUCCUGUCAAUCAUGAAGGUCGAGAAACCCGAGGACCGAGACUUUGGCCAAACGCGCGACGGAUGGCAGGCCGAUCAGGCAAACCACGACCGCGGAAUCGAUUGGUUCAAGAAAGUGUACACUCGAAACGCGGGGGAUACGAUGGGAUUGUUUGACGCGCACAAGGACUUUGCGUGGGUUUCGGCGGAGAUUACAUAUGGAUUGUUUCUAUCGGAUCGGCAGGUUUUGGACGAUACGGACACGCAGCUGGUGGUACUGCCGGCGAUCAUGAGCCAGAAUCUCCCGCUGGAGACGCAUUGGCAUAUUCGGGGAACGCGACGAAUCGGGGUGUCGAAGGAGGAUGUCCAGGUCAUAUGGGAUAGUGUUAAGGAAAUGUCAAAGUUCUUUGGGGUCGAAUUGCACAAGGUGCCGACGGUGGACGAGGUUGAACCUGAUGUAUAG